GCCUGGCGCGGGCCUGCGGGGCCUCUCGGCGCCGCCAUGAGGAGCUUCAAGGGCGUCGACUUCGCGACUCUGCUGCGGAGCCCGGAGGAGGCGCGCGGCGUCCUGCGGGACCUGAAGGAGUACCUCUCCAAGGCUCCAACGGGUUCUUCAAGCAACCGUUCUGAUGCUGAGAAGAGACAAGUUUGUGAUGCCGUCCUGAGGGCUUGCAACCAGCAGCUGACUGCCAAGCUGGCCUGCCCGGAGCACCUGUGGAGCCUGCUGGAGCUGGCUGAGCUGGCUUGCAAAGGCUACUUGGGAUCCCACCCCCAGCGCCCUGCCCUCUACCUGGAGCGAAUUCUUAUCGUCUUUCUGCAGAACCUUGCCACCCAGGAAGUCCCAGAGGCCACACUGCGCCUCGCACAGACCCUGCACUCCUGCUUGCUGCAGAGUUCCCGGCCGGUGGCCCCCCAGGACUACGACGCCGUGGCGCGGGGCAGCUUCUCCGUGGUGUGGAAGGCGGCCAAAGGCCUGGUGGAGCGGCGCGCUGCGUUCUCGGCUCGACUGAAGGCCUUGAGCUUUCUGGUUCUCUUGGAGGAUGAGAGCCCCCCGUGCGAGCUGCCCCACUUUGCUUCCCUGACGGCCUGCCGAGCAGUGGCUGCCUACCACCUGUUUGAUGCCAGCGGGCCCGGCCUGAGCGAAGACGAUGCCGAUUUCCUAGGGGACCAGCUCUCGGAGCAGUUGAUCCGAGUCCUGGUGCCUGCGGGGGCGCCUUCUCCUGGUCCUCUCUCUCCCCGGCGGGCCCUCUGUCUCACGGAGCUCACGCUGGAGCACUGCCGCCGCCUCUGCUGGGGCACCCGUCACGCCAAGGCCCUCGCGGUGGUGGAGAAGGCCCGGGAGCAUCUCGAAAGCACCGAGCUGGGCCCCAGCCUCCAGCUCUGCCAGCUGGGGGUCGAGCUGCUGCAAGUCGGAGAGGCAGGGUCCCCGGCAGUGGCUGCGCUUCUGAACCGGGCGACAGCUGUCCUGAGCGACAGUCUGAAGGCCCCGUCACCCCCACUGCGGGCGCUGUGCGAAAGCUGCCAGUUCUUCCUCUCCGGCCUGGAGUCAGGCGCCAAGAAGCGCUACAGGCCUGAUGCUCUUCUCGGCCUCUUCGCUUUCCUCGGCCCCUACGGCUCCCUCAUCCGGCGGCUGAAGGAAGGGGUGAGUAAAGCACCCACGAAGCAGCAUCAGUCUCUGGGGCAGAUACAUUUUCAGGGACUUCACCUCUACACCAUGCUGGUGCACGACUUUGUCCAGGGCUGUGAGGCAGCAGACUUGGCUGUCGUGGCUCAACUCAUGGAGAGCAGCAAGGCGACCGUCGAGUGGCUGCUGGAGAUGUUACAAGGCCUGUCAGGCCGGGAGCUGACCGACUGCCUGGGGACAACCGCCUUCUACAUCAGCAACUUGGCCUACAGUUUCUAUAGUCACAAGCUCUACGCUGAGGCCUGUACUGUCUUAGAGCCCUUGUGCCAGUACCUGGGUUCGGCGAAGCUGGGCACCUCCUCCAAGAUGUCUCCAGAGAAGCUGCACAGGUGCUUCCGGCUGCACGUGGACAGCCUGAGGAAACUGGGCAGACAGGCCCAGGGCUGCAAGGUGGUGACGCAGUGGCUGGAGGCGCUGCAGUCCUGUGGCCCUGAGCACAUGGCCGAGGCGGUCACCUUCUGGGUCCUGGUGAAGAUGGACGCGGCCAAGGCAGGAGACAAGGAGCUGCAGCUGAAGACGCUGCGAGACAGCCUGCCCGACUGGGCCCCAGACACACUGGCCCUCCUGCUGCGGGAGGAGCUGCAGGCCUACAAGACGGUGCGGGCGGACACUGGGCAGGAACGGUUCAACGUCAUCUGCGACCUGCUGGAGCUGACCGAGGAGACGCCCGCGGGCGCGUGGGCACAGGCCACCUACCUGGUGGAGCUGGCCCAGGUGCUGUGCUACCACGACUUCGCUCAGCAGACCAACUGCUCUGCUCUGGAGGCUGUCAACAAAGCCCUGAAGCUCCUGGAGGAGGUGCAGCCCGAGGCCCAGACGCAGGCCCGGCUUUGGGACGAUAAGGCGCAGGCCCUGCUGUGGCUCCACAUCUGCACCCUGGAGGCCAACCUGCAGGAAGGCAUCGAGCGGGAUCGGCGAGCCCAGGCCCCGCGGAACCUGGAGGAGUACGAAGUCAAUGACCUCAACUAUGAGGACAAACUCCAGGAAGAUCACUCGCUGCACGGCAGCAUCGCCUUCAACCUGGCUGCAGAGGCUGCUCAGUCCAAGUGCCUGGACCAGGCCCUGGCUCUGUGGAAGCAGGUGCUGACGCAGGAGCAGGCCCCGGCCGUGCGGAGCCUCCAGCAGACGGCCGCCUCGCUGCAGAUCCUGGCCACCCUCUACCAGCUAGCGGCCAAGCCCCUGCAGGCCCUGGAGGGCUUUCAGCUUGUUCGGAUGGUCGCCCAGAGACUGGAGGACCACGGCAAGGCGGCCAGCUCCUGCUGCCACAUCACCCGGCUCCUCCUGGCGCUGGGCUGUCCUAGCUACGCACAGUUGUACCUCGAAGAGGCCAAAUGCAGCCUGAAGCGCCUGGACCACGGCGCGGACACGUACCUGCUCCUCUCCCUGACCCACGACCUGCUGCAGAGCGAGCUGCACUGCCUUCACCAGAAGGUGGAUGAGGGUGCGUCCCUCUUGCUGUCUGUGCUUCAGAAGCCCGCCCUCCAGAAGGCGUCCAAGGCCUGGUACUUGCUGCGCGUCCAGGCGCUGCAGCUGGUGGCCGUCUACCUCAGCCUCCCUGCCGACAGCCUCGCCAGCUCUCUGGGCCAGCAGCUCAGCACGCAAGGCUGGCAGAGCCCCGAAAUAGCGCUCAACGUUUCUCAUAAGCUCCUUCGAAGCAUCCUCCUCCUCCUCCUCGGCUGUGAUGUGCUCUCUGUUCCAAAGGCAGCCGUGGAGACGCCGUUUCUGGACUACGGUGAAAACAUAGUACAGAAAUGGCAGGUUCUUACGGAGGUGCUGAGCUGCUCGGAGAAGCUCGUGACCCGCCUCGGCCGCCUGGGCAGUGUGACCGAAGCCAAGGCCUUCUGCUUGCAGGCCUUGAAGCUUACCGUGAAGCUGCAGAUCCCGAGGCAGUGUGCCCUGUUCCUGGUGCUGAAUGGGGAGCUGGAGCUGGCCCGCAGCGACGCCGACCUCUGCCAGGCAGACCUGCAGCAGGUGCUGUUCUUGCUCGAGUCUUGCACAGAGUUUGGCGGGGCUGCCCAGCAGCCUGACGCUGCCAAGGAAAUCCAGCUGCAGAAGGGGAGGCCGAAGCCUCGAGACCCGCAGCCCCCAGAGCCCGCGGAAGAGGAGCUGUUCCUCAUAGGCCCCGACCUGGAGCUGGUGGCCACCGUGGCCCCAGAGCCCGGCCCCCAGGCACCGUCCUCGAACUCCUCCCCGGUCCUGAAAAGGAAGCCCCCGCCCAGCCCCCGCUUCCUGAGCCACGUGCCCACCUGUGACUGCCGGCUCUGUGCCAGCCCCGCGCUCUCCGCCGUCUGCCUGCGCUGGGCCCUGGCCACGGCGCGGCUGAGGCUGGUCCUGGGGCAGGAGGCCCAGGGGCUGGAGCUGCUGCAGUUUGUGCUGAAGGGCUGCCCCGCUGCCGCCAAGCGCCUGGCCCGGGCCGUGCGGGCGUCCCUGCGCCCCAGCCCCCCGCCCCCCGCGGCCCCGCGCCUCUUCAGCGAGCUCAUGGCGGAGGCGUACACACAGCUGGCGCUGCAGGGGCUGAGCCGGCCCUGCAGCAAGGGCCUGGGAGGAGUCCUAGAGGCCGGCCUGAAGUUCGUGACAGCCUGGAAGCCCCACCUGGAGCUCUGGCGCGCCAACCUGCUCCUGAUCCAGGCGCUCUCGAGGCUGGCUGGCCACAGCUGCUGCACGGCCCAGCUCUUUGCCAGCUCCUGGGGCUGGCAGCCCCCCUCCGUGAAGAGUUCCCCAAGCUCAGAAUCCAAGUCUCGGAGCCAAAAGCACGCUGGACGAGGGCGCCCAGGGGCACCCGCUGCUUCCCAGCCCUCCGGUAAUGCCUUUCUGAAAUUUCUGAAGACUGGAGGGACACCCAGUACCCCGAAGCCCCCGAGCUGGGUCAGCCAGAAUGGCCCUCGGGUUCCUUUCACGGUGUUUGAGGAAGUCUCGCCCACCAAGUGCAAGCAAGCGGUCCCCAAGGCCCCCCGGAUCCACCAGAAGGCCCAGACGCGCCUCAAGGUGAACUUCAGCGAUGACAGUGACUUGGAUGACCCCGUGUCCGGUGACACACAGCUCACAGAGGGGCCCAGGACUCGGAGCACUGCUUGUCGGGGCCGGGGGCGGGGCCGGGGCCGGGGCCGGGCCAGGAAGAGUCCAGGCUUGAAGACAGAUGUCACUGUGGCCCCAGGGAGUGCCCCCAGGCACCCCGGCCCCAGUGGCAGAAGCCGGAGGACCAAGAAGGUGGCCUGGGAGCCCUGUGAAGCAGAGAGCCAGGAGACCGCAAGGACUGUUCCCGAGGAGGAGCUGCCCUGCAGCCAGGCGGAAAGGAGCUUCGAGACCCUGAGGAGCUCCGACGGAGAGAACUCUGCCUCGGGUGCAAAAGGCCCAGCCCCAGGGCCCGAUGCAGCCAUCGGGGAACACGAGGUGCUGAGACGGGACCCCAGCCAAGAGGAGCUGCCGGUCCCGUGCCCAGACAAGGACGGAGACAAGGAAGGGCGCGCCCGACUCCCCUCGGCCCCUGUGGCCAUCGGUCUGUCCACCUUGGACUCCGUCUACGACUCCCUCAGCGUCGCCUUCCGCGGAGUGAGCCACUGCCCUCCAAGCAGUCUCUAUGCCCACCUCUGCCGCCUCCUGGCCUUGUGUCUGGGCCACCGGGACCCCUACGCCACUGCCUGCCUGGUCACCGAGUCUGUGUCCAUCACCUGCCGCCACCAGCUGCUCACCCACCUCCACCGGCAGCUCAGCAAGGUCCAGAAGCGCCAAGGAUCGCUGGACGUGGUGGACCACCUGCAGGGCCUCAGCCUCCAGGAGCGGCUGGGCGAUGGCCCCCUGACCCGCCUCCAGCGCCUCUUCUCCUUCAGGCAUGCGGGGACCGGCCUCUUCCCCCAGCCCGAGAAGGAGAGUUUCCAGGAGCUCCUGGCUCUGCUGCCCGCCGGAGUGAUCGUGUGCGUGUUGGCCCUGGCCAGUCUUCAGCCUGGAACUGUGGGUGACACUCUCUUGCUGACCCGGCUAGAGAAAGACACCCCCCCGGUCACCGUGCAGAUCCCCACGGCUCAGAGCAAGCUCUCCCUGAGCUCGGCCCUGAGGGAGUUCGACAGCAUUCAGAAGGAGCAGAAGACGAACAGCAGCUGCACCGACAAGAAGGAAUGGUGGACGAGACGGCUGGAGCUGGACCGGAGGAUGCAGCUCCUCACCGCCUCCCUGGAGAAGCAUGUCCUGGGCUGCUGGCGGGGGCUGCUGCUGCCUUCCAGCGACGACCCUGGCCUUGCCCGGGAGGCCUCCCGCCUGCAGGAGCUGCUGCAGGGGUGCGGCUGGAGGUACCCGGACCCCACUCUGCUGAAAAUCCUGCUCAGUGGCGCCAGCACCCUCACCCCUCGGGACGUGCAGAGCCUGGCCCAAGGCCUGUGCCCAGCCCGGCCAGAGUGUGCCCAGGAGCUCCUGAACGAGGCCUUGGGCCGUGUGCAGGGCCAGAAGAAACCGAGUAACAGGCACCUCGUCUUGGUGCUAGACAAGGACCUGCAGAAGCUGCCCUGGGAGAGCACGCCCGGCCUCCGCACGCUGCCCGUCACGCGGCUGCCCUCCCUCCGCUUUCUGCUCAGCUACUCCGUCCUCAAAGAGUCUGGGGCCUCGUCCGUGCUGAGCCGCGGGGUGGACCCGCGCAACACCUUCUACGUCCUCAACCCCCACAAGAACCUAGCGCGCACCGAGGAGAAGUUUCGAGACUACUUCAGCAGUGAGGCUGGCUGGAACGGCGUGGUCGGGGAGGUGCCGAACACGGAGCAGGUGCAGGCGGCUCUGACGGAACACGACCUGUACAUCUACGCAGGCCACGGGGCUGGCGCCCGCUUCCUGGACGGACAGGCUGUCCUGCAGCUGAGCUGCCGGGCUGUGGCCCUGGUGUUCGGCUGCAGCAGCGCAGCGCUGGCUGUACACGGGAACCUGGAGGGCGUCGGCAUCGUGCUCAAGUACAUCAUGGCUGGGUGCCCGCUGUUUGUCGGGAACCUCUGGGACGUGACUGACCGGGACAUUGACCGCUACACGGAGGCCCUGCUGCAGGGCUGGCUGGGAGCCGGCUCGGGAGCCUCCCUCCUGCACUACGUCAGCCAGGCCCGGCAGGCUCCUCGGCUCAAGUACCUCAUCGGGGCCUCACCUGUUGCCUACGGCCUGCCUGUGUCCCUGCGGUGACGCCUCAG